AUGUCUGGAAACGUCCUACCAAGAGCUACCUUAAAAGUUCCUCUUUCACUAGGCAUCGGUAGAUAUGUAUGCCAGUUAAAAAGAGUUACUUUUAAAUUCUGCAAAUCUCGAGGUGACAGUAGAGGUGUUCGCGAUUUUAUCGAAAGCGAGAUCGUCAAUUUCGCUCGGGCGAAUCCUUCCGUCGUUUUUUACAUUAAGCCUCGGAGACACAGAGCACCUCUUCUCGUAGCUGAAUAUUUGAAUGGUAACUGGCAGUAUUUGCGAAUGGCGAAAAUGUCCUCACAGGAGAUUUGUGCAUGGCUCCAGCUCAUGAUCACCCGUUCGGGUGAAAACAUUUUCCCCAUUUACAAACCACGAAGCAGUCACAUGCCAUCAAUACAAGGCAUGUGGUCUCCUUAUGACACUCCAGAUCUACCUGAUUCUCUGAUGACACCCUCGGAGAUUAUUGAGAAUCUUCAAGAGCUUUCCGCUUGUGACUUCCCUUGGGAGCAGUCUGCGCAGGAUUAUCUUCAGCAAAUCCACGAGCAGAGGCAAAAACAACGAAAGGACUCAUGCCACUAA